UUUCUAACGUUUGUUCAAUUUAUUGCUUUCAUCAGGUACAGAUCAGAAUUAGAGGGGAUGAGAUACUUGAUUACUAUCGUAAUAUUAACAGCAGUAUUGGAAAUACUCGGUAGUUUUCAUUCUAGAAAAGAACUGGGACGUGGUAACGACGAAACAGUGACUGCAGAAUCUCUCGAUGCAUUGGAGCAAUUUUGUGAGGGCAGCGAGCGAUGCAAGGUUGAAGGCCAAGGUAAAUCAGAGAGAACCUUUAUCAUGGUCAAACCUGAUGGAGUCCAGCGGGGUUUGGUUGGAGAAAUUGUCAAGCGCUUUGAACAGAAAGGAUUCAAAUUAGUAGCAUUGAAAUUUAUGAAGGCGGACGAAGCCCUUCUGAAGGAACAUUAUGCAGACCUUAGUCAUCUGCCAUUUUUUCCAGGCCUGGUGAAACAUAUGUCCAGUGGACCAGUUGUGGCCAUGGUUUGGGAAGGUCUUAAUGUUGUGAAGACAGGACGCCGUAUGCUUGGAGAAACAGAUCCAGCAAAUUCUUUGCCAGGAACAAUCCGUGGAGACUUUUGUAUCCAGAUUGGAAGGUAAGCUGCUAAUUACGAGCGAACCUUCCUUAUGAUCAAACCAGAUGCUGUUCACAGAGGACUGAUAGCAGAUAUCAUUAAAAGAUUUGAACAGAAAGGGUUCAAAUUAGUCGCCAUGAAAUUUGUCAAGGCAAGUGAAGAACUCCUUAAAAAGCAUUACGAAGAACUGGCAAAGAAACCAUUCUAUAAUGGCCUCGUGAAAUAUAUGGGAUCAGGCCCUGUUGUGGCAAUGGUGUGGGAAGGACAAGGUGCUGUUUUAACAUGCAGAGCUAUUCUUGGAGAAACAGAUCCAGCAAAAUCUAAGCCAGGUACAGUGAGAGGAGAUUUUUCCAUUCACAUUGGCAGGAACAUCUGCCAUGGCAGUGAUUCAGUGGACACAGCAAACAGAGAAAUUAAGCUCUGGUUUAAAGACGAGGAGCUUGUUGAUUGGGAGCCAGAAAUGGCAAAAUGGAUUUAUGAAUAAAAAGUCUCCUGAGUUGGGUGAAGAGUGAAACAAUGAAUUUAAAUAAAGUUUCAUCAUUUUGAAUGGUA